UACGACUAUCCAUGUCUCUGCUCCUCUCCCAAAUGCUUUUACUACUUGCAGUUGCAUCUGCUGCGCCUGAUAACAGAUGCUUAAAGAAAUGUGGCGACGUGGAGAUCCCUUACCCCUUCGGCAUCGGCGCCAUCGGCGCUAACUGCUUCGGGGAAGGCCAAGAUUGUAUCUGCAACAGUACCGAAACUGGCAUCGGCGCUAACUGUUCCUUGGGAGGAGGUUUCAAUCUAACCUGCAACACCAUGGAAAGUGGCAUCAAGAAGCCAUUCUUUGGCAAUGUUGAGGUCCUCAAUAUUUCGUUGGUGAUGGGCCAAGUGCGCUUGCUCCACCCCGUAUCCUCUGCGUGCUACAAUUCAACUUACAACAAUGUCACAUACAAAGACUGGUCGUUGGAUAUGAGAGACACCUCAUAUAGGUUCUCUAAUCUCCGCAACAAGUUCACUGUCAUCGGCUGCGAGACCCUUGUCUACAUACUCGACUACCACGGGAGCAAUAUUAGCUACCAGAGUGGCUGUGUGUCCAUGUGCCGGGAUAAACAGAGCAUCGUCAAUGACUCCUGCUCCGGCAUGGGUUGCUGCCAGACUUCCAUACCCAAGAAUCUCAAAUACUAUAGAGUCUCGUUUGAUGAGAAUUUCAACAACUCGGAUACUCGGGGGUUUGACACAUGCAGCUACGCCGCCUUGUUGGAGGCCGAGUGGUUCCGGUUCCAAACGUCUUACAUCACCACGAACCAAUUGAUGCAAAUGAAUAACAAUGGCAGGGUGCCGGUAGUGAUGGACUGGGCCAUUGGAAAUGAGACCUGUGAGGUAGUAGCUAAGCGCAACCUAAUUACCUCUUAUGCCUGCAUCAGCAAUAACAGCGUGUGUGUCAACUCCACCAAUGGCCCUGGUUAUCUCUGCAACUGUUCGACAGGAUACCAAGGCAAUCCAUACGUCUCCAACGGAUGCCAAGACAUCAAUGAAUGCAAUCUGCAAUCAAAUCCAUGCUCAGAUGGCAUUUGCCAGAACCUGCCUGGUAAUUAUAGUUGCCACUGUCCCAAAGGCACGCACGGCGACGCUUACCAUGGAACAUGCAUCCCUGAUCUUCCCUUAGCAGUGAAGGUGGCUAUAGGUUGCAGUGGUGUAAUUAUUUUGUUACUAUGCACUAUGUGUCUCUAUAUAGUCUAUCAAAGAAGAAAACUAGAAGAGAUGAAAAGAAAAUAUUUCAAACAACAUGGAGGCUAUGAAUUAGAGGAAAAGAUGAAGUCAGAAAAUGCUUUCAACAAAUUUAAGAUAUUUGGAAGCAAAGAAUUAGAGAAGGCAACAAAUCAUUUUGAUGACAAAAAUAUUAUUGGGAGAGGAGGAAAUGGAGUUGUGUAUAAAGGAGUUUUGGAAAACCAAGAUGUUGCCAUAAAGAAACCUAAGAUUAUCAAUGAGGACUUAAAAAAACAAUUUGGAACAGAGACACUUAUUCUAUCAGAUGUUAACCAUGUCAACAUAGUCAAGCUCUUGGGUUGUUGUUUGGAGAUGGAGAUGCCAUUAUUGGUCUAUGAGUUUGUCCCGAAUGGAACCUUGUUUCAUCUAAUUCAUGAAAGUGAGAAUCGAGUUCCAGCUUCCUUGGAUACUCGACUACGGAUUGCAUAUGAGUCAGCUGAUGCUUUGGACUACUUGCACUCAAAAGCUUCACCUCAAAUCAUUCAUGGAGAUGUGAAAUCGUCUAAUAUACUUUUAGAUAUGGAUAACACAGUAAAAAUUUCAGACUUUGGAGCUUCAAAGCUAAUUCCCAAGGGGGAGAAACAAUUUGCUACGUUGUUGCAAUUCACUCAUGGUUAUAUUGAUCCAGAGUGCUUGAUGACAUAUGCCUUGACUAAUAAAAGUGAUGUUUAUAGCUUUGGUGUGGUUCUCUUGGAGCUAUUUACAGGUAAGAAGGCUAUUAAUUUUGAAGAAUCUGAAGAACAAAGGAGUUUGGUGUCGACUUUUACUAUGUUGGAGAAUCAGAAUAGGUUUUCAGAGAUCUUACACAAUCAAGUGAAAUUGGAAGCUAAUAUAGAAUUUAUUCAAGAACUUACUAUACUUAUUAAGGAAUGUUUAAAGUUGAAAGGAGAAGAUAGACCAACUAUGAAGGAAGUGGCUGAGGAGCUAAACGGAUUAAGAACUCUUAAGCAACACCCGUUCGUAGUACAACAGAAUGCUGAUGAAAUGGAGAGCUUGCUCGAUGGGUUGUCAAAUGUUACCCAUGCUGAUUCCAAUAGUACUUUCAAUAUAGAGAGCAAACUCACUGGAUGGAGCAAUAUACAAGGUUGGUUGUAAUAGGAAUUUGGCGCAAAUGGUGUUGCUAUUUUGAUUAUGUGUGUUUGUUUGCCUAUUGUUCUAGUCUUCAUAAGUGUGUUUGUGUUUGUAACUUCUAGUCUCUAUAU